CGAGUCAUAAGUAUUCAUUCAUGAUGGCUGCUUCCAUCGUUCAAAACGUGCUCCUGAAAGCAGCAGAAGAUGAGGCUGAAAAACUAAAAUCUAUUCAAGUUGACAAAGUUGUUGAACUAGAAUUUGACUUGGGAAAUCUUCUCGCCUAUGACAUUAAUGACAUUGACGUUAACCAACUCAGAUCCGACAAAGAGGCAUUUCUUGCAAACCUUUCAAGAGACAAUGUUCAACUUCUGAUCAAUCAAAUUUUUCAACUACCAACCCUCAAAGUAGACAAUGAGGUGGUGAUAAAAUUGCCACCUGGAACUACAAGACUCCCUCGAGCUAAGCCUGCUCCAAAAGAAAAAGCUCUCUCCAAGUGGGAAAAAUAUGCAAAAGAGAAAGGAAUCACCAAACGCAAAAAGUCUAAAGCAACUUGGGAUGAAGAGCUUAAGAAAUGGGUUCCACGAUUUGGUUACAAGAAAGCUCUUGCUGAAAAGGAGAAGAAUUGGGUUGUUGAAGUGCCAGGAAAUGCACAUAAUGGUAUGGAUCCAAUUGCUUUGCGUAAAACAAAAAAGCAAGAGUCAGUGGCCAAGAAUGAAUUGCAACGACUGCGAAAUAUUUCCGCCCGAAUGCAGAAAUCAAAGGCAAAAUCAAAAAUCAGCUUAGAGCCCACCGAAAGACCCACAGCUGAACAGCUUAAUCGAUCAGUUUUCAUUGCACACACUGCAACAGCAUCAGUAGGCAAAUUUCAACCCAACCUGAAGGAACAAAAGCCCGUUUUAAAGAGUGGACAGAAGCGACAUUUCGAUCCAUUAGUAGGUGAUCUGAAAAAAGAAACAACAAAAAGUCUUGACAUUUUGGACAAACUAAGUAACAAGAAACCUAAACUCGACAUUGAGAAGGCUGUAAACCGAGAGAUGAACCAACCAUCAUCCGACUAUAAGGGUAAAGGACUGGAAAAGAAAUCUAAAACUCAAUUGAAGAAGGAUCUUGGGAAAAGAAAACACAAAGGGGCGAAGGAUAAGAAAUUUAGUGGGAAAAAAGGAGGUUCCGCUGGACGUGGCCCUGCAAAGAAAGGCGGUAAACGGACAGGAAAUAAAAACUAAAAACAAAACAAAAAAUGAAACUGUUUCCAUAUACAAUACAAAUGUGAACUUUC